AUGAGAAAUAAUAAACCAAGCGAUUCCAAUAGCCGAGACAGUGAUAACUCCAGAGAUGUGGAAUUGCUUGCUAUCUUGGAAAGUGAAGAAGCGCAGUACCCCAUGUGGUGGUCCCAUGACUGCAUAAUGCGCACCUUCUACCACCUCCCUAACAAAACACUAUGGAACUCGUACAUUUGCGUCAUAGUUCUCGUGGCGUUGGUGCUGGUUGCCACUGUGAAGCUGAAAGGAACUCUGAUUGAUUGGAUAUAUAACGUGUCGUAUACGAUACACGUGUUAGCCAUUUUGUGUCAGGUCCUGGGACGCCUGCAGUAUUCAUAUUUCGAUUUUUGGACUGCUGUAAGCUUUCUAAUGGAUCUGUUCACAUUUUCACACUACAUGGUGCAAACGGGUGACUUCGAGCUGUACGAGAUAGUGUGUUAUUACAUGCGCCUGCACAGACCCUUGAGAUAUCUCUGGUCCUUAAACAACGAGAGUAUGAAGGGUAGUGUGUUGGGCACUACACUCAAGUACUGCUAUAUAUUCCUGGUGCUGCGAGUGACGUGGGCUCUUAUUUGGAUUCGCUUGGGCAUUUUCUCUGAAGUGUUCGCUGAGGAGUCUGGCACCAGUGUACGCCAACUAUAUAACCCCGGAAAGAAACAAGCGAGCGAGCCGAUACAAUUUCUUAUCAUCUUAUACGUUUUGAAUAAGAUGUUUAUACCAAUCGGGACAUCCGUAAAACCCGGGAACGACGGGGAACGCAUCGCCUCUUUGUUAGUUAUGCUGACCGGAUGUUUCGUGGUUACGGGAGUAGCGGUGGCGUCCCUAUCUCUCGUUAUAAGCCUGUACAUGCGGCCAGAGGAGACCUUCCGUUCGAGAUAUAGGCUGAUUAUGAAGGAAAUGAAAGAGUCCCACGUUCCACCAGGUCUACGGCAUAAAGUGGAAACAUUCUAUAAGAUGUACUGGCACAAGCAAAGGGCCGUGUCCGCCACGCGGCUACUACCGAUAUUUCCACCUACCCUCGUUGCCACCAUUUACACCGAUAUUUACUUUAGAGCAACGCAAAAGAGUCAUAUCCUACGGGAACUCUCGUAUCAGUUCUUAUCAGAAUUGGCGAAAAAGAUGCAAACGAUCCACUACAUACCCGGCGAUGCUAUAAUAAAGCGUAAUACUAAGAAAUCUUCUAUUAUUUACGUCACAUACGGUGAUGUGGAGAUGCUGACAGCUGAAGACGACUCGACAGCGAUACUGCGCAUGACCCGCGGCACGAUACUGUCGCCGUACGCGGGCUGCCCCGCGGCGUGCGGGCGCGCGCACGUCGACAUCCGCGCCGCGACCUUCUGCAUCGCGCACGUGCUGCACGCGGCGGAGCUGUGGAAGACGGCGCUGAGAUAUGGCCAGGGGAGCGUGAUAUUGGGCGCUUUUUAUGAUCAUUUUGAGAGAGUUAAACGUCACUAUUUGUGGAAAAAUCCUGAAGAUGCAGCAUUCAAGAGCAGUAUUCUACACUUUAAAAGGAAAUUAUUAGAGUUGAAAGAAGCCAGAGAUGAGAACGAGCUGCCGCAACUUGCGAAGACAGAUGUUAUGAUGGAAAUUGCCGGGUCGUAUGUGAUGAGAAACAGGGCAGAUGCGUCACUCACGGAGGAAUCCGACGCGAUAUGCCUCCGCAUGACGUUCCCUUGCAUCCUCCAGCCGUCCUCGUCUCUGCUGGUGGCCUGGCACUCGUUCGUCACUUGCCUGAUAUUAGCCGUUUGUAUUACUCACCCGUAUUAUCUGGUGUAUAAGAAAGAGGUUCCGGUGGAAUUCCGAUUCUAUGACUACGCCGUUACCACCGUCUUCGUAUUGGACCUGAUAGUCCAUCUCUCCACUGGAGAUAACGUGGAGGAUGGUGUACCAAUAACUCUAGCGCAGACGGCGUCCCAGCAGGCUCGAAGCGGAUGGUUCCUCCUCGACGUACUUGCUACUUUACCCAUUUUCGAGUUCAUAAAAGAUGGCCAUUUCGCUGGAAUUAACAAAAUUGUACGGUUGCACAAGGUUUUCCGCAUGCUAAAGGCUGUGGAAGACGAAUGCGUGUACCACAGUAACCUGCUGCGCUUCUUCUCCUACUCCCUGCUGCUACUGAUCGCGUGCUACUUGCUCGCUGCCCUGCAGCAGGGCUUCAUGUGCUAUGGUUUCGGCUACUGCCUCGUGAAGAAUAUAACGCACACUCCUUUCUGGAACGCGGAGCCGCUCGAUGACACUGUCGAGAGUAGGCUCACGUUUAGUCUCUACUGGUCCAUAUCGAUGAUUACAUUUACAACACACAUGGAAGAUUUUGGCACGGGGAACCAAGAAAGCGUCAUUUACAUCAUGCUGGUACUCGAGCUGUGCAUCGUGCUACACAUCUUUAUGGAAGCUGUAUACUCCGCUACUAUAAUGGUCACUACUGCCAUGAGAGAGAAUUAUGACGCAUGCAUUGAAAAUGUGACAAACUUUUUGCGACGUAAUGAGGUCGAACCUAUACUGAUACACCGGUUCAAAUCUUACUUGGAACUCUGCUGGUAUACAGACAAGGCCUACUCAAUGACGAAUAAGAAGAAGUCGAUAUUCCACGACUUGCCUCCACACGUGCACCAGGAUAUAGUGACCCGGCAGAGGAGUAAAUACAUGCUGUGUAUACCAUUUAUGAAGUUCCUCCAUAAAGAAGAAUUGAAGACCAUAUCGUCGAACGCGCGGCUCUUCUGUUCGUGUCCGAACGAAAUACUGCUGAGUACCGGCGACAUCUCCAAUGAGAUGUACGUCAUUAAGCAGGGUAUCUGUGAGGUACUGUGCCCAGUUACUAAGACAGUGGUUGGAGAGUUAACUGCAAGAAAUCAUUUUGGAGUGGUCGUUUGUUUGUUACGUCUACCAGCCUUUUAUACAAUCCGAGCGGUGACACACGUGCAAGUGUUUUCAAUAUCACGGAAGUAUUUACUAAACGUUAUAGAGAUUCCGCAGAUAAAAGAUGCAAUUGAUGAUGUCAAAGAAUUGCCUGAAUACGAGUAUUUGCAAAUACCGUAUCCACCGUUCGUUUGGUAUGAGCCAGCGCCGCCCACGCCGAACGUGGAGCGGUUCCCAAUGCCGAGAAAGCAUGAGAAAGACUUCGCGUUCCUGCACCCCUUCAAUAGACUUGGCUUCUUGUCUAUACUGAGAUACAUCUUCCCCCGGUUCACGAUCCGACCCGACGGGCCGUACCUCUCCCGCUACGAGUGGUUCAGAGUUGCGUGCGCGCUGCUCAGCGCCGCUCUGUUCCCGGCGAUGGCGUACCUCACGUACUAUUGGGACUUCGUGAGGCUCGCGCUCGAUCUGACCGCUUAUUUGGAUAUUUUACAACGGAUCCUUGUGGGCUACUACAACGAAAAGGGCUUGCUAGUGUACCACCCGGCGAGCACAGCGGCUCACUACUUGAAAGGCACGUUCCUCAUCGACCUGCUCGCGUGUCUCCCGCUUGAGAAACUAGAGCUGAGCAUUAAGGAAACCUAUGACGGUCAAUACCACCUGCGGCCCAUGGCGCAAUACUUGUAUCUGAAUCGCUUGAUCCAGCUCUACCGAACGCCCAGCGCACUCAUCAGCCUCAAGGGUUACGUUCGACGGGACAUCAUCAUUGUUUUGAAAGCGAUCCCGCCGUUUCUAGCGCUACUGAACGUACUGACGUGCCUCAUAAUUUUCAAUUCUGUCAAACUCCUCGUGUCUCCCGAAAGCUUUCAUCUCAUACCCUUCAACGAUGAUGGUGGAUCGUGGAUACAUUUGUAUCAGAAUGUGUUCCGUUUCAACAUAACCGAGAAUCCUUGGAACCUGCACCUGGCAACGUACUUCUGGGCGGUGUACGAGACCACCAGCACCGGCUACAGCACGUUCAACCCGACCAACUUCGUGCUAAUGAGGAUCCUUAUCGCUGGCAUGAUUAUUGGCGCGAUGAUAACAACUUACUUCUCGGUGCGCAUAAUCAGCACGCGCGCGAACGUGAACAGGUCGCUGGCGUCAUUCCAGCAACACAUGAAGGAUAUCGCCCGGUUCAUGAAGAGGGAGAACCUGGAUGCUGGCCUUAAAAAACAAGUGCUCGAGUAUUAUAAGCACAAGUGGGACAAAAUGGCGGGCAUGGAUUACCGGAAGGUGUUGAAGCUUUGCGAUCAAAUCACAUUGCGCACAGAUGCUAUAUUGUAUAUAUAUGGACCAACGUUCUCAAAGUGUCCAAUAGUGAAUAAAUGUGAAAUAUCGUUGUUACGUAUGAUCGGGCGGGCGGUGCGCACGAUACAUUUCCUAAAGGAUACUAAGAUCAUUUCCCGCGAUGAUAUCAUCACCGACCUAUAUUUCGUUGACCAGGGCGUGCUGGAGGUACGAUAUGAAGAUAUGGAUAGUGUUCAGUUGGGGAAAGGAAGCAUUUUUGGGAACUUAAACGGUGUGGAAUCCAUCCGAUCCCCGGUGGAAAUAAUGUCAAUAAGCCAGGUGCAUCUUCUCCAUAUAAAUACGUUAAUAUUCCAUGGUAUCAUUGCUGAUUUUCCGAGUGUUAUUAACGAGUUAGUCGAUCACUUGAAGUAUAAUCAGGAUUACGUCAUUGGUUUGGAGGAAAUUAUAAAACCAGAUAGUAAAGAGCCCACAACUUACCAUAUUAUGUACAGGAUUGGGCAAAGGUUCCUCAAUUUCACCCUCCACCAGACGUCUGCAAUUCAGAUUUAUUUAAUCACCGUAUCGCUUGCAUGUAUCUACACAGAUGUUUAUAACGCAGGCUUUCAAGAUAAUCAAACCAGUCUCAUAGUUGGUCUAUAUUUUAUGGACUUAGGGUUCUCUUGGAAGUUUUUAAUUAAAUAUUUCUUACCGCACUCUGUUGAUCAAAAUAAUGAGCUUACGACAUCUCUCUGGAAGGAUAGGAAAAGAUAUUUUGGACGUGAAUUUAAAAUGGAUAUAAUAUCGGUUAUACCAUUUGAAGCUUUGUGUCUGAUGAGUUCGAGUAACAGACUUUUGUUAUUUUCGUGGUUGCGACUUAACAGAUUCUUUAGAAUCGUGACCGUCUACAAAUGCCUCCAGCAGCGCCACGAAAGCAUAUCCUCCAACCUCAUCCUCACCACCACCAUCUCGGUGUUCAUCUGGAUGACCCUCUUCAUCCACGUGACGGCUUGCUGUUGGUACUUCAUUGGGGUUAUGGAGGAGGAGGCUGAACCUAAGUCAUCUUGGUUCUAUGAUGAAUACGGCCGGUACCUGUGUAAGAACAAAUAUAUCUGCUCGUUGUACUUUGUGCUGACCACGUUCACACAGAAUGGCGUUGGAGACAUCCUGCCCAAGAAACAAUCGGAAGUAUUAUUUGUGUCGAUUCUGCAAAUUUUCUCUAUUAUGAUAUACAUGAUCUACGUGGGGGAGUUCUCCAACAUCAUCCAGUAUUACUCCUUCCGUUCGUUUGGUUAUUACUGCAAGAUAAUGGAGUUACAGGAAUUCUUAAAGAACAAUCGCGUAUCAAGGAAUCUCGUCAAUCUGGUUCAUAAAUACUCUAUACACCUCUGGAUCGAAUCUCGUGGUGUUCAGCUGCCCAUCUUCUUGAAAAAAGCACCAAACUGUAUCAAACUUGAGGUCAUGUCGGCAGCCUAUUUGCAUCAUCUUCAUGCGCAUCCUAUAUUUAGGCAGUGUGAGCCAGUGUUCUUGCGACAGCUGGUUGGAUGCUUUCAGCUUUACACCUAUAAUAAAGGAAUGCACGUGGUUAAAGAGAAUGAAACAACGGACAGCAUGUACUUUGUACACUCGGGUCGAGUUCUGGAAACUUGCGAAAAUGACAGCAAUACGCGACUGUACUUCGCUGGAGAGAGCUUUGGCACUAUAUAUGGCCUUAUCCACAACCUGCCUUACGCAUAUUCAUACAUUACCGUGAUGAAGUCACAAGUUUUAAGUCUCUGCCUCAAAGACUGGAAAAAAUUAUUAUCACAUUUUCCCGAUAGUAGAGAAAUAAUUAAAAAGUCUUUGAAGUAUGAUGACAAUCCUCCUGAUAAUAAGCCAGAUCGUCCCCGAAAAGAACGUAAAGUAACAAUUGCAGAAAAUGUUAGUGCUUCUCACGAGAAUCCCUCCGCUUCGGAGAUAAAGACAGAAGAAUCACCAUUGGAAAGGCAACAAACAAUUCUAGAUUCUCUACCACCUAUAGAACCUUUAGAUCAUGAUGAAACUGUCGAUUUACCGGACAGCUAUUUAUGGCCAACGGACAGCAGGCGAAAUUCUCUGGAAGAAGAAAAGAUCUUAACAGAGACCACCGAUAACAUUCCGUUAGAUUUAGAAGUAUCUCGAAGUGUAUCUUCAGAUCUUCCAAAAAUUAAUAUGACAGAUCAAGAUUUAUUACUAAAUGAAGAAGUAGAAGAAGCUACUGAUGCGUUGCUAGCUAAGAUAGAAGGUACCGAUAUAUCAAGUGAUGAAUAUAGGAGAACACAAUCACCCGUCGUUGACAAACUAAAACGAGAGCUGCCAGAUGAGAAUAUGGAAGAAUUACCUCAUAUGAAAAGCGUUGAAGAUUAUAUUUUGGAAAGAUAUGGUGAAGAUACCGCGAUAGAAGAGCCUGCGGCUACUACGACAACCGAAGCAAUUGAUGAUGUCCAUCCUACGUCAACAACACGUUUAAAGCACAGUGCUCGCGUUCGAUAUAGAGAAAAUACAGAAGAAACAAAACACUCUACAGUUGAACCUCAUGAAAUAAAACCUAUCCGAGAUUUAUCUACUAAUGAGAAGAAUUUUAAUUCUCUUGAUAGUGACAUAGAUCCAAACGUUGUCAUAGAAGCCGAUAUAAGUGGUUCAACAGAAUCACUAAUGGACAGUGACAGUGAAUCAAGUAUAAGCGAGGAACUUAGAAGUUUAAAAAGUAAAAAAAAGAAGAAAAAUUAG